UUACAGUUCGCGACUUCGGCACAAAAAAAGCAAAACACAUGAAAAGUUUGGCGGCAUUGUCUUUUGAGCAAAAUAUAUCAAUAUCUGUGUAAAGAUCACAUCAUAUCAUCUUUGAAAUAAUGCCACCAAAAAAGCGAGAUCCCGAAAAUGACACUGUCAAGAAGCCUAAAGCGAAAAAACAGAAGAAAAAGAAGGACGAAUUUUCCGAGUCUGAGUCAGAACCCGAAAUCGAACAGAACAAUGGAAAUGGUGCAUCAAUCGAUGAACCGGAAAUUUCUUAUGAUAUUACUCUGGAAGCCCCAAUGUUGAGUGGUGAGGUACUGAUAUGUGGCGGAACUAACUGGGAUCUGAUUGGACGACACAAGAUACCAAAGGAAGCAAAGAACAAAGGUGGCCCAAACCUGUGGAGACCUCAUCGUAUAGCUGACUUCUCCGAUGUAAAGAUACGUACAAUCGUCUCUGGCUGCUGUAGUACUCACUCUGUCCUCAUUGAUACUGACGGGAAGGCUUACUCAUUUGGGAGAAAUGAGAAAGGUCAGUUGGGUCUAGGACACCUGAAUCGAGUGGACAAGCCGACCAUUGUUGAAUGUCUUGCUGGAUAUAAUGUUAUAGGUGCUGCUUGUGGACGCAAUCAUACUCUCUUCCUUACAGACAAGGGUGUAGUGUAUGCAGCCGGUGACAAUAAAAUGGGUCAGCUGGGAUUGGGGAACCAGACAACUCAGGUAGCCAGUCCCCAGCGCAUCAAUUAUAAAGGUCCACCAAUCAGGAAGCUUGCCUGCGGGGCAGAGUUCAGCAUGAUAGCUGAUAUCAGGGGUAAUUUAUACUCCUUUGGUUGUCCCGAGUUUGGCCAGCUGGGCCAUAACACAGAUGGGAAGUACUUUGUAACAAGUAACAAACUUGCAUACAGAAGUGAAUCGUCUCCACGGAAAGUUCAAGUAUGGAUUGAGAAAGCCCGAGAUGGAAGAGUUUCACCUGUUCUUGAUGUGGAAGUGCGGGAUAUUGCCUGUGGCACUAAUCACACUGUAAUCUCAGACUCGAAGAAGCGUGUUUUUACAUGGGGAUUUGGUGGCUAUGGUCGCCUUGGACAUGCUGAUAAUAAAGAUGAAAUGGUGCCCCGUCUACUCAAGUUUUUUGAGGGGCCAAAUAAAGGAGCUACUCAAAUAGCGGCAGGAUCAACUUUCACAUUUGGUCUCAAUGAGUAUGGUGCUUUAUACCUCUGGGGACAGACAAAACCUACUGGCGAGGCAGCAAUGUACCCAAAACUUGUCCAGGACCUCAGUGGAUGGCGGGUCCGCAGUAUUGGCUGCUGUUACAAGAGCAUUGUGAUUGCAGCAGAUAACAGUAUAGUUAGCUGGGGGUCCAGUCCUACCUAUGGAGAACUGGGCUAUGGUGAGAACAAAGCCAAAUCUUCAACUGUUCCACAGGAAGUAAAAACCUUGGACGGCGUUUAUGUUCACAAUGUAACAGGUGGAUAUGGUCAUGCGAUGUUUAUAGCGCGGAACGACGCUGACGAGGACAAGGAAAAACUGAACAAACUACCUGUGUACACACCAGUUUAAAAUUUAAACCUCAGCGUUACAUUAUGUUCUUAGGAAGGUGAAUUCAGGGUCAAAACCAUCAAGAUUAUUCAUAUCCGUGGCACAGUUUUAUUUUCUUCAGGAAACAAAAAUCUGAAGCAUACUUUUGUAAAGGCCAGUAAUAACUGAAGGAAUGCAGUUCAGGGUUCUUAUCCAUGUAAAGGUUGGUAAUGAACUGACACUGCAGGCUUGGUGUGAAAACAAAACGUAUGCAAUAGGCGUUGGCAGAACUACCAUUAACGCUACUUAAUUCCACGAUGUUGCAAUUCAGUUUCAUAGAUUUUGAGAUUUUUGUGUUUAAUGUUGGCUUCUUUCUGAUGAUAGUAUGUAAGUCUGUAAUAAAAACAAUUCUUAAUCAAGUUUUUAUCAUGUUGAGGGUCCUAAUUUUAGAGGUCAUGAGAGCCAUUGAACAUAAUCUAGUAAUUUUCAGUCUGGUUCAAUGCAGCACGGUUAAUUUACAAAAAAAAAAAAAUAAAGAGUAUAUUUGAAGAGAGUUGAGGAAACACUUUUUGCUGAAGAAAAUAAAAACCUACUGGUAGUCGCAAAGGGCUUUGAUGUUUUAAAUGGUUGGAAUCCCGGUGAGUUGUUAUGGGUCAAUAUUUGUUUGAUUAAUAGUUAACUUUUUGCAAUGUGAUGACAAAUGUGAGAGAAGGCUUUUGAUUGAACUGUUAAAUUUUACCAAUUUUAAACCAAUCAAGCUAGGUAUUUUUGUUCAUUAGUAUGGGCACUUUCGAUUUAUAACAAUAGGUAAAUGCCGUUUUUGAUGAUAAAUGUCAAAUUAAGAGAAAAAAAUUAGUAUUGUCUGUUCAAAAUGUCAGGUUUACCAGACUAGCUGUCUUAGAUUUUCACAGUCUUUUGUAAAGACUUGAACUUUAAAGGCCUUUUUUGAAUGCCUAAAAUUGACUUGCAACAUUGUAGAAUUCAAGCAAUGAUUUUUUUAUUGCUAAGCCAGUGUCUUGAACCUUUUCCCUGUAUGUUCACUUGUAUGUGAAAUAACCAAUUUUCUUUUGACUAUUAUUACAGACUAAAGGUGGUUUGGGGUGGAAUAAAGUGGAGGAGGGUAGGAAGAUGAAUGUUAAUUGAAAGUUGUAAUACUGUGCCUUUUAUGUUAGUUAGUAGGUGUUAGUUUUGUUCAUUUAAAAACUAGUCCAGUACAGUAAAUAAACAGCUCUUUUUUGUUGUUGAAUUUUAAUUUUUGCAGUACGUUUUGUCAAAUUUUGUUAAUGGUGUAAGCCACAGUUGGUUGUGAACAAUACUUCACAGUUAUUUGAACAAUCUAAAAUAGGAACAAAAAAAAUACAGAUCUGAUAUUGUAGAGUAUAUUCAUAUGUGUUGUUACUUAAGCGAACAAAUUAUCUAAGGUAGUGUACUCAUAAUGAGAGAUUGGCAGUGUGUUCUAUGUGUGCCUUUUGGUCAUUCUUUGGUUGUUACAAACACUUGGUUUUCUGCCCUGGCAGGGACAUGCCAAAAUUGUGUACAUAGAAUAUGAGCUGUGCCAUUAGAAAAUCAACAUAGUGGCUUUGCAACCAGCAUGGAUCUAGACCAGCCUGUGCAUCCGCGCUGUCUGGUCAGGAUCCAUGCUGUUCACUUUCAAAGCCUGUUGCAAUUAGAGAAACAGCAAACAGCAUGGAUCCAGACCAGACUGUGCAGAUGUGCAGGCUGGUCUGGAUCCAUGCUGGUGGAAAAGCCACUAUGUUGAUUUUCUCAUGGCACGGCUCAUAUGUAAUCAGACAGAACUUGCAGAUUGUCAGUACAGGUCCACUACAUUUAAGUGUACAAGGGAUUAAAAACAUUAGAUGGGAUUAUUUCUGGUUUACCAAUAUGUAGAAAGUCCUUGUAUGUAAUAAGUGUUGCAAAAAAUUGUUUGGUUAGAGUUUCAAGAGUUGAAAAUAGGUUUGUUUUGUAUUCGUUAGAAAGAUUUUUUUUUAUUAUCAAAAGGUUUGUCUGAUGUUAUGUAAUUAUUUUUUGGGGGGUGGGGGGGGAUUUGAUUGUUAUAGGAUGGGGGUGGGGGAUGGAACAUUUUGUAGCUGAAAACUGUAAAUGUUGAGUGACAGGUGUAGCAGGGUGAAAUACAAGUGCUAAAAUGAAUGUGAAGAAUUUUUUAAGAGCCGGACAUCUGAAUAAAGUCCAGUAUUAAAACUGUGAAGAAAGUAAAAUUUGUACAAAAUUAUGGCCUUGGAAUAGGCAAGGUCAUAAACAUCUCUGGGUUAGAUUCUUAGUGUUUAGGUUUGGCAGCCAUAUUUUGUUUACAAUCAUAGUGCUUACAAUUAAUAAAGGGAUUAACUCUGUUUAGAGACUUUAGCAACUUCUGCAGGUGCUUGGUUGAAGGAGCAUAUGUCCGUCAGCAGUAGUCAUAUUAAAAAAGAUGCUAUCUGUUAUAUAAAUGUUGAAAUUGUGAUGUAAAACUGGAGGUCUGCCCUGUUAGUAUAGCUUCUGAUAAUAUUAUUAGUAGAGAGGUAUAUGUAUAACACUACACAUAAUAUUGAGCGCCUGCUAAAGAUUGUCAGAUGAAUUUGAUUCAGCCAAUCACUACAGGUAAAGUUAAAUGUUAAAUACUUCUUACUACAGUUUUACAUAUUUGUAUGGAUGUUUAUGGCUAUGUUGUGUGAAUAACUUGCAAUGUUUUGAAUUUUGGUACCUCAGACACUUGUUGAAAUAAAGAAAGAAAUCCUACAGGAAGGCAUUACUGUUACAAGUAUGACAUCAUAACUUCUCAAUUGUCUGAGAUUAAGAUAAAGACGCUUAAGGAAAAUGAAUUUCCUGCAGAACUGAAUAUAAACUUCUUGCACUGCCUGUUACUGUAUUCAGUUGAAAACAGAUUAUAAUAAAAGUUGUCUAUUACAAAAGAGUAAAUUGGUACUCUCUCUACCUGCAUACUUUAGUACAGUCUUGUAUAGAAAUUAUUUCACACAAAUUUUUAAAAGAAUAUGCAUUGUAGUUUUGUUCCAGGACUGUUCAUAUCAGGACCUAAACUUUUUUUUAUUUUUUUAGACAAAUUAUUAUCAUGUUACAUAAUUGAUUUAUCAGGACAUUUAUUAUAGAUUUCUGUUAAUGAUAUUCAAGAGGUUGAGAUUUUAAGACACAUAUGUGUACCGACAUGUAGAAAACUGGUUCAACUUACUAAUAAUCAUCCAAUGAAAAUUUAAGGAAAAUGUUCGCUACACUUAAACCUACACAUUUCAAACUUAGAUAGCAGUUUUGAACUUCCCUGGCCAAAUUGAGUUGGUUGCCAUGUUAAAAUUUUAACAUCUUAAAUGCUUAAUAAAACCAAAAUUGGAAAUCCUGGAUGAACCAGUUUUACAGUUUUGAACUUCCAUGGCCAAAUUAUGUGUUGGUUGCAAUGUUAAAAUUUUGACACCUUAAAUGCUUAAUUAAAUCAAAAAGGAAAAUUCUGGAUGAACGGUACAAGUAUUAAAUCUCGACCUCAGAUUAAUUUCAUGUGAACCAUUUCAUUAUGAUCUCUAUUAAGUUUUGUAUGACUACCUCUGUAGA